AUGAGUGAAUUUGAAGAGCUAUCAUUCAAGACUAGAAGACAGGAUAAUAAAAAAGAUAAGGAGACUAAGGAGGAAGAGAAGGUUGAGAAAGAAUUGCCAUGCUUUGAACCAAGUGGAAUACUAGCAGAGUUUCAAAACCAAUAUAAGGGUGUGGUUCUGAAAUUUACAGAGCCCCUUGAUGCUGCUGUCCCGACAAAUACCUGGAAAAUUUACCCUUUCAAAGGAGAAGAAGAAUUAAAGGAAUAAGCAGCUAGGGGAGUUUAUAUGGGAAUAAUAUAAGAGAUGGUGAUUGUUCCAUAUUUGAUGGAUUUGGAGAGUACCAAUAAAACAAUGCUGAAUGGAGAUGCAAUUGAACCUGCCAGAUAUUAUGAAUUGAGAGAGAAGGAUGUAAUAACUUUUGGGGAAAGUAAAAGAGAGUAUGUUAUCAUGAAAUUAAAUUGA